AGAGUACAAUUAUGAAAGACUGAAUCGCGACGCGACGCGACGCGAAGUCGCGCGUGGUAUUAGCCUACCAAGAAGAAGUCAACGAAUAAGUAUGACGCUCAGCAAUAGUGCCGAAAAGGAGAUCACGAAGGCAAUCUAUCGCAACAGAGGUUUAUGGAAAAUCAGUGUCAGCGUAAGACUUCCUGAAGCACGACAGAAAAUUGACAAAGCACUGCUUCGGAACAGUGAGCUGAGUACGGACAAAUGAAU